UGUAACUUGAAAAUGUAAAUGAAGAAUGCUUUAAAUUCAGCAGGCUUUACAAAAGGUCACAUAUAUUCUAAAUUGGAGACGGCUCCAGGUUGUAUGCGUCUGACUGCCUCAGUGCAUUGAUUGAUCAGAGCGGAAUUACCGUGUCUGACGUCAGAAACUGCAAACAAAUUACCCCAUAAAAGGUGGAACCUGUCUGAAAAAAAGAAAGCCCUGGGCGCACAGCACAACCGCGCUGUCCUUUCACGCACAUAGAGAACACAAAGCCCUCUGCGCGUAAAGAUGCCGCUUUCCACCAGCUCCACGUCCUCCACCAAAAGCAUCCGCAGAGCAGCAUCCGAGCUGGAGAGAUCUGACUCCAUCACGGUUUACCUCGACUGCAUUGGUGUUCUAAUGCGCAUUUGGAGAUGCAAAGCGCUCCCAUCAAAUAUCAAAAGAGAUAACCAAAAGUCUCAAAGGUUCCUCGGCAGGCGGCAGAGCUUGAUCGAGGACGCGCGGAAAGAGAGAGAAGCCGCUGUCGCAGCGGCAGAGGCGGCAGAGGCCAGCGAGCAGAUCGUGUUUGAGGAGGACGAUGGCAGAGCACUGCUCAACAUCUACUUCUUUUUAAGAAGCUCAAAGACUCCUGCACUGUCACGGACGCUCAAAGUUUUCGAGACAUUUGAGGCUAAGAUCCAUCAUUUGGAGACUCGACCACACCGGAUACUCAAGGAUAACCUGGAAGGCCUGGAGUACUUUGUCCGCUGUGAGGUUCAUCUCUCAGACGUCAGCACUCUUGUCAGCUCCAUCAAGAGGAACGCAGAGGACGUGAAAACCACCAAAGAAGUCAAAUUUCAUUGGUUCCCAAAGAAAAUAGCAGACUUGGACAAAUGUCAUCAUCUUGUAACAAAAUUUGAUCCAGACUUGGAUCAAGACCAUCCUGGCUACACGGACCCUGCUUACAGACAGAGGAGGAAGAUGAUUGGAGACAUCGCCUUCAGAUACAGACACGGAGAGACAAUUCAAAGAAUGGAUUACACUGAGGAGGAGAUCAGCACAUGGAGGGAAGUCUACUCCACCCUGAGGGACUUGUACACCACCCAUGCCUGCACUGAAUACCUCACGGCCUUCCGUCUGCUGGAAAGGCAUUGUGGAUACAGUCCAGAUAACAUCCCUCAGCUGGAAGAUGUGUCACGCUUCCUCAAAGAGCGAACAGGGUUCAUUCUACGUCCAGUAGCGGGUCUCCUCUCAGCCAGAGAUUUCCUGGCCAGUUUGGCGUUCAGGGUGUUCCAGUGCACCCAAUACAUCCGACAUGCCUCCUCUCCUAUGCACUCCCCAGAGCCAGACUGUGUCCAUGAGCUGUUGGGCCACGUUCCCAUGCUGGCAGAUCGCACCUUUGCCCAGUUUUCACAGAACCUUGGACUUGCGUCACUUGGAGCAUCAGAAGGAGAUAUAGAGAAACUUUCAACACUGUAUUGGUUCACAGUGGAGUAUGGCUUAUGUAAACAGAAUGGAGAGGUGAGGGCGUAUGGGGCUGGAUUGCUGUCCUCUUACGGAGAACUUGUGCAUUCACUCUCUGAUGAACCGGAGACAAGGGAGUUUGAUCCAGAGGCUGCUGCAUUGCAGCCCUACCAGGACCAGACAUACCAGCCUGUCUACUUUAUCUCUGAGAGUUUCUCAGAUGCCAAGGAGAAAUUCAGGGCAUACAUGGCAGGUAUCAAGCGCCCCUUCUCUGUGAGGUUUGACCCAUACACCGACAGCAUGGAGGUGCUGGACAACCCGCUGAAGAUUCAAGGCUGCCUGGAAAAUGUGAAGGAUGAGCUGAAGAUGUUAACAGAUGCCCUCAGUGUUUUGUCAUGAUUACGCACCCUGCCUGUGAACACCCCACUCUUUUUGCCUCCUCUGCUGCGUUCUGUGAUCUCUACAUCAGUGUGUUCCUGUUUCUGUGCUGUUUUCCUCCAGUAUGAUGCUGUUUCUAAUCAGUUGUUGCUUGCUAUUGCUGGCUGAUUGGCCAACAAGGUAAAAUAAAAAUAAAAACCUCAUCAAGUGGGGGUACAGGCAACAUUUCCAAAGAUGUUGAAGGCCUCGCUGGGGUAGUGAAAUGAUGGGAUCACUAACAUUUAUUCUUAUAAAGCAACGUGUUGUUUGAGAAAUGUGUCAAAAUCUGAACCAAAAGUAAAGAGAAGCGUGAUGAUGAAUGUAUCAAAGAUAAAUAAAUGUUCAUGAUAUAAUUAUUGUAAAAUAUAAGAAACUUUAUUGUUAAGUAAAGAAAACAUGUAUAUUCAAAACACAUUUACUUUAUUUAGAUAAAAGAUAAUUUCUUUAUUACACACUGCUGUGUUUCCUUUACAUAAUUCAGCAUUUGUUUAGAAACAUAUUGAUUUAAUUGGUUUGAUGCUGUCUUUGUCUUGCAGUGUAAAUGCAUAAAAAGAUAUAUUAACACAUAGUUUCCAUGCAAUGUACUCUUGAUAACUAUCUGCAUAAAGGAAUCUGUCAAAUAAAGAAUUGCAAGUCAA